AUGUACGCUUACUUACUGUUGGUUUACACAUGCGAACGGAUCGAUACUUAUGUGGAUAUGUCUGUAAAGAGUGAACAAAUGAAUAGAGGGCUCAAUGGUAUGGAUAAUAGAGUUAAUUAUGUGAAUGAAAGUGUUGUCAAUAAUGAAGAACUCUAUGAAUACGACGACGUGAAGAAUAUUCGUGCAUUAUAUCAUGAGUUUGGUUUUGUGGGCAAUAAUAACAAUAACAAUAAUAAGUCAAACAAAGCAGACUUAUUGCGUACAACGAAUCUGUUAUUCACAAACAUAGGAAUCAAUUAUUUAUGGCAACGUAUAUGCGAUCUCUUCUCGCAUUCCUGCGCUCACUAUAAACACAUUGAAUCGCGUAAUGAAUGUCACGUCAAAAGUGUUGGCUUUGAGACGAUAACGAUUCUGGAAAUGUGUUCAAUCGUUAACUUUGUGUUGGAAAACGUGUCGAUCGAGGCCUCGGAGAGCGCGAGUCAAAGCCAUUUAUCCCAAUUCCUUCUCCAUCUCCUCAACGCACUCAUCACUUACUGUCAUAUUCUUCACAACACAGACUUUGAGCACUCGAUUAAGUUGUGCUCCAAUAUUGUCCAUAAAAUAAAGCCCACAAUCGCUCAGACAAUACAAAACAGGCUUAAAAAGGAUAACAAUGAACACAAAGUGAGCGGAAAACCCAUUCAGAAGAUUGAUUCUGUUAUCCAAGAAGAAGCCGAAGACUGCGAACUGUCUCCACCAUCAGAACAACUUCUCAACGAAGAGUUAUUUCAAAAAUGUUUGAUUAAUACAUUGCAGACAUUGUUUAAUGAAUUCAUCGAAAAGCGUUUAAUAAAAAACAUAAACGAUUUAAACGAAUGCUUUGCUUCGCUUCGAGUGUCGUCUAUAAACAGUGACAGAGAUAUGAAUUUUGAAACACACAUUAAAACCAUUGAAAUCAAUGCGAAUAUGAUUGACGUUUACACAAAUCUGUGCCAAUUAUUGGUCCAAAUGUCGGCCAUUCCUUCGUUGUCUGAGAAGAAGACUAAUAAACUAUUGUUUUCUAAUUGUGAUGAAUUACAGCAAUGGUUUCAACACCUGUUAGUUUUGGCAAUAUAUCCGGAAGACUGUCUACAAGUCUGCUACUCCUCCAUAUCAACCACUUUAGACUUAAUAACGUUAACCAAAGCCUUGUUAUUUGAUUUGCCGGUCAAUCAAAUGUCAAUCACAUCGAAUGGAUCACCUGUUUUCGACUUAAGCACAAACGACGAGAACGCAAACGCCAACAAGACUUUCAGUUUUGAUCCAAUGAUUUCGGCCAACGAAUUGGCGUUUGUUUUCCAUCAAACUUCUUGGUUCACACAAACCACUAAUAAAUUAUGGGCUAAUUUAGAGGAUACUAAGGCUCACCUCCAUCUCGAGACGGCAACACUUCUUCAACAGUUACACAACUUAGCGGUCGAUUCCUCUGUUUGUGAGUCUGUUAUCUGCACUGCAAUGAUAUCUCCCGACGAAAGGAUUGCAUACGAAUCGAGAAAACGAUUUACUAUUUUAUAUAAUAUAACGAGAGAUAUGAAAAUGAGAACAAUUCCGUCGGCGAUGGUUCGUGAGUUCGAUCGGCCGCUGUUUUUCAUGUUAGACAGUCUGUCGCAUAAAGUGGACGCCCAUAACCCACAGGCCAUGGAUUGGCUCAACCAGUCGUUGAAAAACGGAGACAUCGCCCGAAUUCUAGAGCCCCUUCUGUUCAUUAUACUACACCCGGACACGAGUCGACUCUCCGUACAACACGCGAACAUCCAUCAGCCGGGCGUCGGCGGCGUUACAGACUCGGUGUCUAAAACGGGUGACGAACUCGACAACGCUUCCAUCGCUAACUCGGAGUCCAAGAUCUACGCCAUCAGUAGUACGGGAGGGAACGUGAUAUACCACGUGAACUCCGACGGUCGCAUGCGGUUCGCGCCCUCACCCGUGCCCUCCAACAAAGUGCUGACACUCACGCAAACUGCCAACUCUUCGAACGCUAAUUCGCUGAACAAAUGGAUCACAUCGAAGAUCACUCUCCCUCAGUAUGAGGUGCCUCCCAGUCAUGAGAAUAACGUUAUGGACAAAUACCUGUCCAUUAAUAUGGUGUUGAAUCCGUUCGGAUCCAUGUCUUCGUUAAAUAGUGACGCUUUCGGAGAGAUAUUUGACAACAAUUCUAUACCAUUUGCCAGAUCUUUGCCUAAUCUUUCAAAUAUAAGACGUUUGGACACGAAAUCUGUCAAAUCAGACAACUUAACGAAAUCGCCGACACCUUAUUCAACGCCUGUGCCAUCGCGAGCGACGACCACCUGUUCGACACCCGUUCCCACUAAAAAGAUUUUUGACGAUUCAGAGCUUACGGACACAGAAGUGGUUCGCAUUGUAUUGGAAGAGUUGAUCGAUAAAGUUGUCUACGAUUUGGAGGACACAGAAUCAGAAGACUCGCAAACGGCUAUAACUAAUUCCGAGACCAUAAGCGUCGGCCCCAACAGCAGACCCGUAGCGCUGAGUCAACUGCACUCACAUAUGCUUCUCUACCAACAGGUCUAUGACUCGAAGCGAACGCUUUACGCGUUGACAACACUUUGGAAUAUAAUAUUAGCGGAACCGCAAAGAGUGCUCUUCUCGAUGGCCACCACUAGUAUAAGCAAUCGAUUAGGUCUGCGAUCUCAAGAAUUACAAGCCAUUUGCGCCCGACAUCGCAACUCUCUGUACGGCAAAGGCUUUUACAGUGAUUUGAGCUCCGAUUCCAUCACUUCUUUCAGAAGCAGUUCUUUCCUGGAAGUGAUUGUCUCGUCGUGUAUGCAAUAUCUUCGCAGUUAUUAUCCGAGUUUACCACAAACCAGACUCAACGACGAAGAGAUCGCCGGCAACCAAAAGGUGCGAAUUGUUUCGUGCGAAGUGUUAAGACUUAUAUUCAAUCAGUUGUCGGUUGCGGUGAAAGGGAAGCAAACUUUCUCCACAUAUUUACACGAUUUGCUGAUGCGAUGCAAAGUUCAGAAAUCGAUACUUCAGUGCAUUGUUUCGAGUGUUUAUAACUUCCAGAGCAAGAAAGAGCCCAACACUAGUAGCGACAGCGCCUUCGCUGAGGCUCUCAUUCAAUUCAAUGAGUGUCACAACACUUCUGCCAACGGUUUUCAAGAAGACCUCCAGAAAUCAUUGCUGAAACUGUUGGAGGAAUUGAUGAUUUUGGAGCACAGAGUGGCGCCCAAUAGCUCUGACAAAGAACAGCCGACGCAUAACCGAAAGGGCAGUGACUCGAGAGCGGCCAGAAUCCGAUUCCAGCCGCAAAUGUCUUCACUGAAGUAUUACCCAAAUAUGUUAAUACCGGCGCAGUCUAUGUUCCUGUCGGCCAUUCAGACAGCACUACAACAGUCACAUAAAGUCCAUUUGCAUUCCAAUUGGUUAGAGUUAGUCGAGUCGACGCUACCCUUCGCCGGACGCUCUCUGUCGCGACUCGUAGUCUGUGUAUUGACUCAAUUGUGCCAAAACCUUGAGAGCACUUCUACUAAGAUAUCGACUAAAGCGUUGAAAGACGACAAAUCGGAAAUGUCUUCAAACUAUUUAAUAGUCUUAUUGAAGAGUUUGGCCACUCUUUGCCACUUCUGUCUACUCGACACGUCUAACAUCGCCGCCAGUCCUACGCUAUCGCCUCAAUCGCAACCAAUCACCUCCUCUUCCACUUUAAUGCAAUCAAAUUCAAAUCCCUUUCAAAUGUUAUCAAACUUUCUGCACGUGUUUUCGGUUUCCGAUUCAAACCAAGACAUGUCAUCUGUGGGUCGGGAGGGUUCGGCUAAUGACCCAUUGAUCUCUACACGAAAGACACUUUUAACACAUUUACCACGAGUUUUAUCGGCUCUCUUAAUGGUUUGGAAACAAAUAAAGUUAUCUGAAAAGGAUUCAGUGGACAACGGCUGGCAGAUUAUGGGCAGCAGUAAAGAUGUUAAACAAAACAUAUUAAGCUUUUUGUCGCCCCUUUCUCUCAUCCAUGGCUCGCAUUUUAUGACUGCAGUCGCUAUUGUUUGGUACGAUAUUAGAGACAAUUCUGGCGUCAGAUGCAGAAAACAAUGGACACAACCUUGUUCUGUCGAUCAGCUAUUGUUAGUGGAAUUAGUGGCCGACAUACGAGUCCUGCCCAUGGAGUCAGUCCUUCAAACGAUUCGACAGACAAUGAAAGCGCCGCCGAAUGCCAACAGUUCUAAGCACAUGAAGAGACCGCCGAUCGAGGUCUGUAUGUUGCAGUUCUUCUUGGCGUACAUCAAAGCCUUUCCCGGCUCUCAACUCCUCGAGUGCUGGAAAUCUGUGUUAUUGCUGUUGAAAGAAGGGCUACAGAUCUCGUCGAUGGCACAGCCAUUAGUGCAGUUCCAUCUGUUAGCCAUUCUGCAUGAGUUCGUUCAGGCGGCGCCUCUCAUCGAGGAUCGCAAAGACCAGAAGGAUCUUCAAGACGUGGCACAGAAAUUGGUGGACGCGUGCACUACAGUGGCCGGCGCUCGACUCGGACAGACUAAAUGGUUGCGAAGGAAUCUGGAGGUGAUUCCCGGCCCUCAGGCCGACCACAACGACGACGAGAGCAACGACUUUGAGAACUCGUUUCACGCGAUCGAUUCGAUGAAUGGAAACCUCGAUUUAUCUAACAUUUCCGAAGCGGACAACUCAUUCCUCUCCAAAUUCAGUGUACAGGCGUUGUGUGCUUUGGCUGAAUUUGUGGCACCAGUUCUGGACGUGGUUUACGUUAGCGAAGAGAAGGAGAAAGUGGUUCCAUUGGUAUCAAACAUAAUGUAUUAUAUCGUUCCGUAUCUCAAGAACAGAAGCAAACACAACGUCCCGAGUUUUAGGGCCUGUUCUCACUUACUAUCAAAUUUGUCUGGAUAUCAAUACACGCGAAAGGCGUGGCGUAAAGACGCGUUUGAGCUCUUACUGGACCCGACAUUCUUCCAGUUGGACUCCGAGUGUUUCGUUCACUGGAAAACAAUGGUUGAUCACCUCAUGACUCACGACAAGAACACAUUCCGGGAAUUCUUGGCCCGAAUGUCUGUCACGCAAUCGAGUGGUGCGCUUAAGCUGUUCAGCAGUAAAGACCAAGAGAUUGAACAAAGAGCUCAUUUGGUGAAGAGGUUGGCCUUCAUAUUGUUCUGCAGCGAAAAAGAUCAGUACCAGAAAUAUAUGUCCGAAAUACAAGAGAAACUCAUUGAGUCCCACCGAUUGAGUCAAUCACCUCUAGUUCAGGCACAGUUUCAAGUUUUCUUAAACAUCGAAAUGGAGUUAAUGACAGACACACCGGAGUUCAGUUCCCACAUUCAGCGUCUGUCGAAUUUGGACUCAAGUUGGGUCACGAGUCAGAGUAACGGUUUGGCCGCCCAUAACAACCCUCAAUGGCUUCAACUAUAUCUGGCGGCGUGUAAACUGUUGGACAUCGCGAUCGCAAUGCCGGCCGAUUCUCUGCCACAGUUUCAGAUGUAUCGGUGGGCGUUCGUCGGCGGCAACAAAGACCCCACUUCUCUGUCCAAUGGAGUGAAUAAAAGUUCUCUCCACCCGAACCCCAACAUAAGCCCGACUUACCCUCCUUUUGAACCACACGUCGUCCGCAUUAAUAAUUUGAUGAACGCUAAGAACCAAGAAGUGGAAUGCCUGCCCUAUAGAGCCAAAUACCCUCUCAUUACAAAGACAUCAAUUAAGAGUCUAUCAGAAUUGCACCCAUUUUUCCAUACAUUACUCAAAUCUUUCAAACAUUUCAAACAUUUUCUAAUAAUCGGUUCCCACAUUCAGCGUCUGUCGAAUUUGGACUCAAGUUGGGUCACGAGUCAGAGUAACGGUUUGGCCGCUCAUAACAACCCUCAAUGGCUUCAGCUAUAUCUGGCGGCGUGUAAACUGUUGGACAUCGCGAUCGCAAUGCCAGCCGAUUCUCUGCCACAGUUUCAGAUGUAUCGGUGGGCGUUCGUCGGCGGCAACAAAGACCCCACUUCUCUGUCCAAUGGAGUUAAUAAAAGUUCUCUCCACCCGAACCCCAACAUCAGCCCCACUUACCCUCCUUUUGAACCACAUGUCGUCCGCAUUAAUAAUUUGAUGAACGCUAAGAACCAAGAAGUGGAAUGCCUGCCCUAUAGAGCCAAAUACCCUCUCAUUACAAAGACAUCAAUUAAGAGUCUAUCAGAAUUGCACCCAUUUUUCCAUACAUUACUCAAAUCAAGUCUACAAACGAGUCAAUCGACAAAUCAAAGCCAUUCAUUAAUAGACACAUCAACGACGAGCACAUCCUUGGAUGCGGCGCUCGCUUUCAUCGAUAAAAUAAUUGAAAUCGAUUUUCUCGAUUCAAUUCCUAUCGUCUGA